AUGAACCACGCCAACGGCACCGUUGCCGCGCUCGACACGCUUGCCAAGUUGAACACUGCCGGCGACUCCUGCUUCCUCUCCCGUGGCACCGACGCGAUUGUUGCACCUGGUCCUUACCACCUAGCUGAAACCCCGAUGGCCGGCCGCAAGCGCUGCCACUCGGAGUCCUUCCUGGUUGGCCAAACGGACGUCGCGGAAUGCGUGGAAUCCUUGCGCGGCAGCGGUGCUGGCAGCGGCGGCGACAGCUGCUUGCCGCCGCAUGCGCAUGGCCGUGAUGUUACCUGCUGCAUGUGGUCUGUAGGCGAGCUCCAGCUUGAUGGCGCUGCCGCGGGGCCUGGACGUCCCUGGAGCGCCCCGGGACCCGUUCAGGUCUCCACGGGCAGUUUUCCUGUUGAUGGGUUGGCGGUGGGGACAGCGGUGCUAGAUGACACAGAUCCUCCUUCAACUCCGACCGGGGCGGCCGUCGUGGUGGCGGCGGCGGCAGCGGUGCCGCUGGGGCUGAGGUUCAGCGGCUCUUCCCCUAGCGAGCAGCCGACAGCAGCGGCCGUGACUGGAUGUGGCUGCGGUGGCUGCAUCAACAGCGGUGGCUUUAGCGCUGAGCGCAGCGUCUGCGCGGGAGGGGGCUGUAGCAUUACUCCCUGCAUUGUACGUGGAUCCGGGUGCAGCGGCGCCGUUGAAGGCCACAUGGCCGUGUCUGAGGUAGCAAUAACCUCUCGUGACAAUCCCUCAGCCCUAGCACCACCGCCGCCGCCGCCGCCGCUGCCGCCACCACCAAUAGCGUCUGGCUUGCUCAUACCGUUGCCGCCUGUCACCACAGGCCUGCCUGAGCCAUGUUGUCAACCUGCGUUCACGUACCACUGCAACCUCCAGGCGGUGCAGCUCCGUUCUCUGAGCUUUCAGCAUCAGAAGCCUCGGCCAAGUCAAUCACAGCAGGCAGGCGCAGCGACGUCUGCGGUGGCAAUAGAACCGCCAGCCAACGCUGGCAUUGCAGGCAGUAGCACGGCACAGCAGAGUGACAGCGGGGUCAAACGUCCAGCCAGCUGUAGAUCACCGACUGCUGCAAACCCGGCAGCAGCACAAGCACCACCACCACCACUACAACCACCACCACCACUACAACCAGCUACGGCAGCGGCGACGGUGUUGGGAGGAGCCACCACCGAGCCAGGAGCCGCUUCGGGUUGCUUGCACGCAAACCAGGAUGGCGCCGUGGAUGCAAUGGACCACGAUGCAACGCCGAGGUGGACUGCGGAUGGAGCCUGGCUGCUGUCUACCAGCCUAAGAGGAGUGCCGCCAGCAACAGCACCACCACCACUACCGCCACCACCAGCACCAGCACUACCCGCCUCCGGUGCCGGCUUGGCCGUGGGAAAUGCGCCGGGAAUUCUUCUUCACAACAGCACGCCGACAUCGUCCGGCAAGCAUCAAAAGCAACACCAGCACCAACCGCUUCUGGGCAACGUAAUCACGACGGGGAACAGCAUUGAGUGUGGACUGCCCCCCUUGAUACAAUGCGGCAGCGGCGGAAAGCAGCAGCAGCAGCAGGUUGGAAUAGCUGGGAAUGCAUCGGGUGCAGCGGUGGUGGCAGCCGCCGUGGCAGAUCCCACCGCUAAGAGCUCGCCGCCACCGCCGCAACAGCCCCAUCCGCCACCACAGCAGCAGCAGCAGCAGCAGCAGCACGAGAGUAAUGAGCCCAAAGACAUGGGCUUACUGCCGCGCCCGCCGCCGCGCCCUGCUGUCGCCCCGAACGCCGUCACGACCGGUGCGGGGCCCUUCGCGGUGGAGGCAACGGGAAUCACAUUCGCCGCGGCAGGCCUGGCGGGCCUUAACUUUGGUGGCGGUGCUUGCCAGGACGGCAUUGGGGGUUGCUGCACCGCAGGUCAGCCGCAGAAGCAGCACCAGCAGCAGCAUCGCCAGUGGGGAAUGCAGGGCCCGUUCAGUGCACGGCGAGAAUUAGCAAAGCCUCUCGGGCGUUUCAAUGUCCAUGCCGCCCGAGAAGGUGAGGCGGAGACCCCUGCACUGGCGGCGGCAGCGACAGCGGCGGCAGCGGCAGCGGCAGCGGCGCCUUGGGAAGGUUUUGCGGAUGACGCCACAAGCUCCUGCAGCUCUAAGGACAUGCGGGCGCGGCCCACCACCGCGGCUGCGAGUGCCGCCGCGGCGGUGAAGCCGUCUCCUGGGCGGCAGCAGCGGGACAAGGAGGGGAUGCUACAUGAGCAGGACAACGACGACGACGACGUGGUGCAUGAAGAUGAGGAUGAUGAAGAGGAGGACGAAGAGGACGACAAGGAGGAGCGUGAGCAGGCGGAGGUGAAGGAUCAGCUUGGAGGCGGCGAGGAGCAGGACGAGCAGCAGGAUGAGGAUGAGGAUGGGGAGGGCGAGUAUGGGCAAGAAUACGAGCAGAACCAGCGCCGGCGGCGCCGCGGGCAGGCGCUGUUGAGCAUUGCUUUCCCGCCGCCUGGCCCCGAAAUACAACAAGGCGAUAGGUCAUGUCUGGAAGGCGCACCCACAUCCAAGCCCCAGUCUCCGGACAAUGUUGUGCUACCACUGCCGCACCACUCCUCCCUCCACUGCGCAUACCGCCAACUCAAUCCUCACCAUGUAAAGCAGCAUGCCCCACACCAACCUCAGCACCAGCACCAGCACCAGCACCCCGACAGCGGCGGCGCGCAAGGGGCCGUACAGGAUCUGCGGACGGUGGCGCAGCUGCCGCCGCCAGGCUGUUCCAGCGGUCGCGGGACGGCCCCAUGUGAGCCUCCAAGGCUUCCCGGUUCUGGAGCUGCUGAAGUACACGGCCAGGAGGGCGGCUGGACCAUGCUUAGUGAGGGCUUUGAGCCGUACAACACGGCUGAGCCAGCGCAACCUCCCUGGGCCCUCGGCUGGGCAAAUUUUAGUUCGGGUGCAGGAGGGAUGUCAGCAGGUGCGGCAGCGGCGGCGGCAGCGGUGCCUAGGGCCACUGACGGCGUAUCCUCCGUGCAGCUGCCCCGUACGGCGACCCGGGUGGUUCAACCUAGCGACGGCGGCAGCGGGCGCGUCAGAUCGUCGUACUGGGACGAGAUGGAGCCGAUGUACGGCAGUGCGUGUGUCUCUGACGAGCUGCCGCCUCCGCCGCCAUCGUCGGUUCUCAUGCCGCCAGAAUACGAACGGGACGCGGCAGGAGCGGCUUUGUCCACUUCGGGGACCGUGCUUCAGCAUGUUGAGCCGCCAGCAGCGGCGCCGGCACCGGUGCCGCAGCCCCCACAGCCGCAGCGGUCGGCGGAGCCGGUGUCAGCGUCAGCAGCAACGUCGUCGUACACCGCGGAGCCGUGUCAACGGUCUUUACACGCCCUUCUGCCGCCGCCGCCGCCGUCAGCGCAGCUUGCAUCGCCACUGCAGCAGCAGCAGCAGCAACAACAACCUGAGCAUCAGAAUGAAUUCCACCAUGCAGCCGACAGAGCCGUACACCCCAUUAGUGGCAGCUCCGCCGCUGCCGCCACCGCUGCCGCCACGGCUUCGUUUGUCCAUGCGGCAUCUGGGUUUGCACCCGCCCUUACCUACCCCCACGCUCCGCCGCAGCCUGUCGCUCUCUACACACCAUUUGCCAACCAGUCCGACGUCUGGAGAUGUGACGGCCGCGUUAAGACCCCGACACCGCCAUCCCAGCAGCAGCAACAACCGCUACCACCGCAGCUGCAGCCGCCGCAGCCAGCGCCACCAAAUGAUUAUUGUCCCAGCCACCGUUCUAGCAUUAAUCGCCCAGAGUGGUCGGCUCCUCUACUCCCCACGGGCUCUUUACCCAAAGCACGAGAGCAAUGGCAGCGACCCGGGCCCCGUGAGCCCGCCUCCGGAGGGGAGCACGGCGCCACGGCGCCGCCGCCGUCGCCGCCGCCACCGGCAGCUGUACCUGACUGUUGUUAUUGUUCCUACUGCCACGCUGGUGCCGGCUGCAAAGAUGGCGGCAGCAGCGCCUGUGCUGUACAUGCGUCGUACGACAUCUGUACGGCUUGUUGCCACGCUGUCAGCCAGCUUGGUGAAAAUCCACAUCACGGACAUCCUCAGCCAUACCACCACCAGCAGCAAGGUGCCACACACCACCAUCAACAUGGAAAGGUCAGUGCCUACUGCACGAAGAAAGGAGCAGGUGAGGGCAGCACGGCGGCUGUUGACGGCGGCGACGGACGUAAGCACAGGUUGGACGUAUCUGGCGGCAGCUGCGGCGGCGACGGCGGUGACGGCGACGCUGAUAAGGAACUUCAUAACUCUAAAAUCCAACGGUCGGCGUACGGCAACGCUGACGCUGACGUGUCAGUCCUUCACGGUGUAUCGCAGCAGGAACAGGCGCAAUGCCACGUCAGCGGCGACACUGCCUGCGCAUCUGGUAUCAGGGAGCGACGAGUCUUCGGGUAUGGCGCCGCAGCGCCGUACGGCACGCUGUCUCCUCGGCGCUCGCUAUACGGCAUUGAUCCGCUCAGCGGAGCCGUGACGUCGGCGCCGCAAUGGCAGCAGCCGGUUUCCCCGCCGGGCCCUGGUCGUGCACCGACGCCUGUAGGCGGCGGCGGCGCCGCCGCCAGGCCUGCCGUGUCACCACUGUACGGCACAUGCUCCUGUCCCUUCUGUACUGCGCAGCUGCGGCAACAGCCAUCAUCUGCGAUCGUGCUGGCGGGUCACACGGCGACGCCUGGGCCUGGGGUGGGCCCUGCCGCCGGGUUUGCACCCACUACAGCAGCAUCUGCCUCUUCAAUUACGGCUGCCGCUGCAGCCGCCGUUACCGCUGGCAGCGGGCCCGCUCCCCGCCCGCCGUGCCCCUGUGAAGUGUGCCGACGCGCCGGCGUCAGCAUGUUGCCAAGCGGCACAGCACCGCCGCCGCCAUCUUUGCGGCCGCCACCGCCGCCACCCGCUUCAACGGUACACCAGCCCUGCCACAGCCAUUGCCAAAAGGCCAGACAGUCGCCAAACCGUGCCAGUGCCCUGACGCAGCCGCCAGCGCUGCCGCGCACUACACUCCAUGCGCUUGGGGCCACGAACCUGCAGCCGGCUCCGCAUUCUCCGAAUCUGACGUCAACGCAUCCCAACAGUACGGGAAGCUUUGCGCACGCCGCGACCAGCAGCCACAUCGCGUCGCCGUUCUCCUCAGUGUCGUACCAGGUGCCGUACUCUGCGACGCACCGGCCCGAGGCAGGACGACCUCCGACCACCACCGCCGCAUCGUGCAGCUGUCCUGCCUGCGUGGGUGCGCCGCCAGGGACCGCAGCCGGCGCCGCCGCGUUGAACGCCGUACCAUCCGCCGACGCGGCAGCUGCCAGUAUCGGCACGGAUCCGCCGCAAUCGCAGCCGUUGCCACCGCCGCAGCUGUACGACCACACCAACACCCAGCGCAGGCCCGCGUCGCUCGUCGCUGCGUCGUACACCACAUCGGCAGCGGCGCCGCCGCCGCCGUUCCCUCCCGUCAGCUGCAUCUCCCUGACACGUGGCGUAUCCGCAAGUGGCGGCGGAUCCACUCGGGAGCCUGACGGGAGCAACAGGCCGUCGGCGGGGGUCGCGCCGCCGCCGUGGUCAGGUUCAUGGUACGACAAUGCGGCGUACAAUUCCAGUAACAUGCCAUCCGCGCAGGGGCCCGCAUCGCUGCCGCAUCAGCCGCCGCCGUACGCGCCCCAUCAUGUGCAGACAUCCGUACGAGCACCGCCGCUGCCGUCGCCGGGAUCAUCUCGUCUGCCGUCCAGCUACUCGUCCAGUGGCCCGGGGGCUGUUGCAACCGCAAUAACGGCGGCGGCGCCGUCGCAAGCUAUCCCUCAGUACGGCAACCAUGAUGAGUCGCCUCCGGAACCGCAGCAGCGGCAGCAGCUGCUGCAACAGCCCCUGCCGCAGCCUCUCGCUCCGCACGUAUGUGCUCCGGCACCAGCAACUCAGCGCGACAGCCAAGAUUGCCUGCCCACCUGCCCGCCAACAUGCAGGCCUACUCUUAGGGCGUCACUGUCAGUACCAGAUCCAUACGCGUACCAGAUCCAACCUUGCCAGCAGCUACAGCUUCAUGCAUGCCACUCAUCGCUCCCAACGACUAAAAGUGCCGCUACAGCCUCCGCUGCGGCGGGAGCGACUGUGACCGGCAACUGCACCAUACCGGUCCGGCCCGGCAUAGACAUGCUGCAGUACGGCACAGCGUCGUACUGCGCCGCCGCUGCCUUGACGCCCCCACCGUCAGUGCUGGCACACAAGGUGAGCAUGCAGCUCGAUGGCAGCGCAACGAGAUACGCUAGCUGUACGACGCCAAGCCAGCCUACGGCUGUCGCGGCGGUUGUGGCGGCGGCAGCAGCAGGUAUCGAGGGCCCAGAGGUCACACAGCACAGCCAGCUAAUGUCGCAAUCUGACCUGGGCCAGAGGGAGUCUCACGCACUGGCGCCGCCGCCGCCGCCGCUGCCGCACAGCAGUGGCGCUCAGGCGGGCAGUGUACAGCAGACCGGCUUCGCACCAGGUGCAGCUGCAUCAGGGGGAGCCGGCCUGAUCGUGUUGGCGGGAAUGUACGGCGAGUCCGUCACAGCCACAGACGGCACCUGCACCGGCACCGCGCCAUCGGGUUUUUGGGACCAUGGGCAUCUGCCAGCAGUCUGCAGCGCUCCGGCAGCACACACCGAGUACUGCGGGGGCGGUGGAGGCGGCGAGAGCCAGCCCUGGUCCCGCUGGGCUCCAUCGCUUCCAGCGGCGCAGCAGCAGCACCACAACCACCUUAAUCACCAGCCCCAGAAUCAACAGCAACCCCAGCUGCAGCAACGAGGGCCGCCCAUGCCGACGGCGGCAGGGGGGCCGGCAGCGGCGGCAGCGGCGGCAGCGGGAGGCCCGGAUGCAGCCAUCGGGGGCUACUCAUCCUCAGAUGCCGAUGUCUACCGGAGCCUGCCGCAGCAUCCGCAGAUACCGCACAUAUCAACUGCUACUACCCAGAUGACCCUUGGGUCGGUAGCGGCGGACGAGGAGGCGGCGAUGUGGGCCGAGGACCCGAUCAGUCCUGACCUAGCCUCCCCAGGGGCCCCACACCGCGCACUCGCGGUGAGGAGGCAAACCAAGCGUCAGUUGUCCACGACGGACCUGAACCAGGAAUGGUCGGCGCAUUAA